CGACAAUCGUUUGAAGUCACAUUUGAAAGUAUUUAUUCUUUGAUUUUGGAUUCGAUAUGGCUGCGGCAACUGCUCCUCGGAAAUGUACUGGGCUGGAUUGCCAGAACGACGCUGGUACUCUGCAAUGCCCGACAUGUUUGAAGAUGGGCACCGAUAGCUUCUUCUGCUCGCAAAACUGUUUCAAGCGGAGCUGGAGUGACCACAAGUCCAUUCACAAGAAGAGUAAUAUCCUCACCAACAUCUUCCCUCCAAAAGUAGUUUCUGAACCAGAUCCAGCCACGGGACACUAUAACCCUUUUCCGUCGUUCCAAUACACCGGCUCCCUGCGACCUGUCUACCCAUUGUCCCCGAUGCGCACCAUCCCGAAAUCCAUUCCUCACCCCGACUACGCCAAAGAUGGCUUCCCUCGAUCGGAGCAGAAGUUCGUUGGCCGGCACAACAUUACCAUUUUGAACGCGAAAGAGCAGGAAGGCAUGAGGAAGGUCUGCCGACUCGCAAGAGAAGUGUUGGAUAUUGCUGCGCGGGAGUCGCGACCUGGUGUCACAACAGACUACAUUGAUGAAGUCGUUCACAAGGCCUGUGUUGAACGCAACUCGUAUCCAUCGCCGCUCAAUUACGUGAACUUCCCCAAGUCGGUCUGUACCUCGAUUAACGAAACCAUCUGCCACGGUAUCCCCGACCAGCGGCCAUUGGAGGAUGGCGAUAUCAUCAACAUUGACGUUACGCUGUACCAUGAAGGAUUCCACGGAGAUAUCAACGAGACGUACUAUGUUGGAGACAAGGCCAAGGCAAAUCCAGAUGCUGUGAAGGUCGUGGAGACCGCACGGGAAUGCUUGGAUAAGUCGAUUGAGUUGGUCAAGCCCGGCAUGCUGUUCAGGGAUCCUGGAAAUGUGAUUGAGAAGCACGCAAAGACCCGGAACUGCAGUGUGGUCAAGAGCUACUGUGGUCACGGCAUCAACCAGCUGUUCCACUGCGCACCAAAUGUUCCCCAUUACGCGAAGAACAAGGCCGUGGGUACUGCGAAGCCUGGCAUGUGCUUCACCAUUGAACCCAUGAUUAACAUUGGUACUCACCGGGAUCGCACAUGGCCCGAUGACUGGACGAGCACUACGGCAGACGGGACAUUGUCUGCUCAGUUUGAACACACCCUUCUUGUCACUGAAGACGGCGUUGAGGUGUUGACUGCUCGGUUUCCGGAAUCCCCUGGCGGGCCGGUUCCUUUGCCGGAGGCGAGUGCAAAUUAACGGAAUGGUAGUAUGAGUUUCCGAGGCGUUUUGCAUAUGUGGAGUUUGAAUAGUACCCACUAGAGUAGAAGAUUUACGACAAUUGCAUACGAUGUUGAGAUGAUAGGACAAAGUACUUGUGCAAUACAGCAAUGCUACGGAGUACUGUGUAGAAGUCUUAUCAAUCUCCAAUAUGGACCGGAAGGUCUGAAAAAUAGCCUCGACCGAACCAAUCAGAAGCGACAUUUUCAGACUCUGCUCGGAUUGUCCGGAUUUGUCAGGGCUGCGGGGC